AUGAUUGGUAGUCUUCUAUACCUUAUAACAAGCAGACCAGAUAUAACUUUUGCUGUUGGAGUUUGUGCUAGAUAUCAAGCAGAACCCAAAGUGAGUCACAUCAAUCAAGUAAAAAGGAUUUUGAAGUAUAUGAAUGGUACAUGUGAUUAUGGAAUGUUGUAUUCUCAUGAUUCAAAUUCCAUGUUAGUGGGGUAUUAUGAUGUGGAUUGGGCUGGUAGUGCUGAUGACAGGAAGAGUACCUCUGGAGGAUGUUUCUUUUUAGGAAACAAUUUGGUUUCAUGGUUCAAUAAGAAAUAUAAUUGUGUAUCCCUAUCUAUUGCUGAAGAUGAGUACAUAGCAGCAGGUAGCAACUGCUCUCAAAUAAUAUGGAUGAAACAAAUAUUGACUGAAUAUAAUGUCACACAAGAUGUCAUGACGUUAUUCUAUGACAACUUAAGUGCUAUUAAUAUCUCCAAAAAUCCUAUUUAG